AGUUUAUCAAUGACAAUUGUACUCGUCAGUUUUGUUGUACACGCUGCCGUGUAUUGUUCGAUUUAGUUUGAUCGACGUCUGAAAAAGUGGUGUCUGCACACGUGAAGAAUAAUCUGAGAUGAGUAGCACAGAUGUAGCGUCGGCUGUAAAGAAAUCGAGCGAGAGUAAUGGUACUAAUGACUUGUACGGUCCACAUUUAAAAAUUCUUCCGACUAACAAUCAAGUGAAAGAAUUGCAGACUAUAUUACGGGACAAAAACACCACGAGGAGCGAUUUUAAGUUCUACGCUGAUCGAUUGAUAAGGCUAGUUAUAGAAGAAAGUUUAAAUCAACUACCAUUUUCCAAAUGUGUGGUAACUACACCAACAGGUGCCAAAUACCAUGGUUUAAAAUAUCAAAAAGGAAACUGUGGUGUGUCAAUAGUAAGAAGUGGAGAAGCCAUGGAACAGGGUUUAAGGGAUUGUUGUAGAAGUAUAAGAAUUGGCAAGAUACUGGUUGAAAGUGAUGUGGAUACCCAUGAAGCCAAGGUAGUUUAUGCAAAAUUUCCAGAUGAUAUAUCUGAGAGGAAAGUGUUGUUAAUGUAUCCUAUAAUGAGUACUGGGAAUACUGUGAUAAAGGCAAUAGCUGUUCUAAAAGAACAUAAUGUACUUGAAGAAAAUAUUAUUUUAUCAAAUUUAUUUUGUACACCAAUUGCAGCCAAAUCUCUAGUUGCUGCUUUUCCCCAGAUGAAAAUUUUGACAUCAGAGAUUCAUAGUAUAGCCCCAAAUCACUUUGGACAAAAAUACUUUGGCUGUUCUCGAUUCAUCGUAGGAGAGACUGCAAACAUACAAGGGAAAGAUAUUUGAAGAAUUUACGUUGUACAGACAACGUAGAUCUCCGAAUUUUGUUUUAUUUCGGUGAACAAACAACCCUGAAUUAUAAUAGGUACACAAAAACACUUUUCUUUAAUUCAGACACAGCCAAUCGAUGCUCGAAAUUUGUAUGAAGCCUAAUCUUUGUACAUUUGCAAGUAUGUUCUUCCAUGCGAUAUUACGAAAAUACUCGUAAACGUAGAUAUUUUGUUUUUACAUGUAUUAACAUUAAUCCUAGUCCUUUAAUUAUUGGUACAAAAGAUAGAUACUUAUUUAAAAAUAGAAUACAAAAUCUAGAUAUAAAACUAAGAAAAGUAUUUAUUGAACAUU